AUGGGUCCACCCGAAAGGAAGCCCCCGGACGUAGCACAGAUAGCAUGUUUAUGGAUUCUGCUUGCAGUCUGGCCUGGCCUGGCCUGGGAAGCCCACGCUAGCCAGCCCGAUCUUGUCAGAUCUCAGGAGCUAAGCACGAUCGGCCAUGGGUGGGAGACCCCCAGAGAACCCCAGGGUCGUGACGCAGAGAUAGGUGAUCCUCAGACAGUCGACUUGUCCUGCCAUCUGCUGUGUCUCUUGGUCCAAGCUGACAUUCCGGCCGCUGAGAAGACUUAUCAUUGCCCAGACAGAGCGCUGUGGGUGUUUCCAGCCCUCCGCUGCAUCCCAGAGAGCCUGCAGCGUUUUGAGAGUUGGGCCUUUUUCCUUCAAUGGGGCUGCGUUAUUCACACUCGAUUUGGCCCCCGACCCCCUACUGUCCGAACAGGGCUGUGGAAAACUUGCUCCUCCCAGAACUACAGGGGGCAGUCCUUCCCCUCCCGCCCGGGGGAGCCACAGGGACCGCUGUGUCACCAGGCCUCGCAGAGAAGUCUGAGCCCACGUGUUGUACUUCCCCCUCCCUUUGGGAGUCUAGAAGAAGGGGAGCAGAUACGCGACCAGGGAGUGGGUCACAAUCAAAGCCUUCAGCUCCCCCCACAAAGAGACCUCCUGGGCAUCCCCCCCUCUUUCAAAGAGAACUGUGAGGAGGAGGAGGACUCCUGGUACCAGAAGUGCAUCUGGUACCGCUGCAGAACAGCAGUCUUCAUUUCUUCUAUGCAGAGUGCAGCCCAGCAGUUCAUAGACGAGGAGGCAGAAGUUUCUGAUGACGAAGCCGUGGAGCUUUCUUCCGAUGAGACGGCGAACUCGGAGAAUGAAUUGAUGAGUUCCUCCCUCCAUCAGUUUCUGAAUGAUGAGACACAGAUCAUGCAAGGCUUAAACGAGUCUGAGAUGCAGGCCGUUUACCUGAAAUCUGUGCGCAGCCCCGCCAUCUGCAAGCAGCGCAAGACUCUGUGCAAGCCGUUCGACCCGGCAGCUGUUUUCUCACAGGUUCCAGAGCAGGACGAGAGCUACUUGGUGGACAGCUUCUGUGUCCAAGAAGGCGAGGAGGAGGAGGAGGAGGAGGAGAGGCAGCCCAAAGGCAGCUCCAGCGAAGGAGAGGAAAUUGGCCUCAACUUUGACCUGUUAGGAGAAGAGAGUUUUGUAGAGGGGAGGAAGCAGUAUUGCACCCGGCGCAGGAGAAAGCAGAAAGAAGCCCGUGCGGAAGAGCCUCGGGGGGCGCCAGGGCGGCAAAGGAAGCCCUCCCGGAUUCUGAUUGUGGACGACUCUAGCGAAGAGGAAGGAAGCGCCCGUUCUGAAACACUGGUGGAAGCACUGCCCAACUCAAAACCUGGGGCUGGCGGCCGCUCAGUCUCGUCACGGUCUUUGGACAGCUCCCUGCAGCGCAGGAACUCCAGCCCAAAGAACCUGGAGGGCAGAACCCAGUUCCUGCUGGACCUGAAGGGUUCCCUGGCAGGAGAGCUGGACUUCCAACCUCCGAGCAAAGGCUCCAGCAAGACUGAACCCCUCGUUGGAGAUCCCCAAAGUUCAUUAAAGCUGGGAGUGUCUCCAGAGCCUCGGAUGGCCCCCUUUCCCUCCUCUUCUGCACGGCCGCCCUGGGGCUCCCUGGGGAACCAAGCGCCCCUCUGCAUCCUGGUGGACAGCCGAGAGAUCUCCUCCGGGCCCAGCGUCAUCUCCACCCUGAAGGCCGCUCACGGCGUCAAGGUCCAGGUGUGUCCGCUGGGCAGCUGCGAUUACAUCAUCAGCAACCGGCUGGCGGUGGAGAGGAUGAGCCAGGCAGAGCUGCUGAACGGGGCUCAGCGGAGCAAGGCGGCCCAGCGGGCGCAGCAGCUGAAGAGCACGUUCGACAGGAUCUGUGUGCUGAUUGAGAAGGAGAGAGCCAAAGCAGGAGAGGCGCAGAGAGGCACCCAGAGGACCAAGCACUACGACAGCCUCCUCUCGUCCUUCCUCCGCGGAGGGAUCAGGGUGCUCUUCAGCUCCUCCCAGGAAGAGACGGCCGAGCUGCUGAAAGAGCUGGCGCUGGUGGAGCAGCGGAAGGGCGCGGCCAUCGUGGUGCCCACAGAGGUCCAGGGGCCCGGCCAGGAUGCCCUCCGCUUCUACCUGAGCAUGCCUGGGGUCAGCUACGUGGCGGCAUUAGCCUUGUGCCACGGCUUCUGCUCUGUGGAAGAGAUGGCUAACAGUUCUCCAAGCGAGCUGGCGGCUCGGGCCCAGGUCACCCGGCAGAAGGCUGAAGAGAUCUACCGCUACCUCCGCUACAGCUUUGACAAGCAGAUGUUGCCCGAGAGGGUCACGUGACCAGACGCUGCUCUCCGUUGGCAACCGUGCCAAACACAUGCACUUUACUACCGUCACAUGCCUAUUUUGUAAGAUAUGUAAAUAAAGUUCUUUAGACACUA